AGUAUGGACGAUGUUAAAUGCCCUUCUCCAUGCUUUAAUGUUUCAAAGUUGAUAGCGGGUAUUCUUGACUAAUUAAAAUGGCUGCUUGUUUCAGAAAUCUUGCUCAUGUAUACUUCCUCAUCACAAUUUAAUGGUUAGCGAUCACCUUGGAUUUCUGCUCUUCUCUGCGACCCAACCAAGAAAGGCGAAGCCGAAGAAGCACACAACGAAGGAGAUCGCUGCCAAGAUCGAUGCAGCCACCACCAACCGUGGCGGCGGCAAGGCAGGGCUAGCCGAUCGCUCCGGCAUCGAGAAAGGUGGUCACGCUAAGUUCGAGUGUCCGCUCUGCAAGACGACCGUACCUGAUUUGAAAUCGAUGCAGAUUCAUCACGAGGCUCGUCACCCGAAGAUCCCAUACGAAGAGGAGAAGCUUGUGAAUCGUCACUCCACCGUUGCCGCCGUCGAGAGCUCUAAGCCCCGCCCUGGUGUUCGUGGUAGCCUCAAGAAGUGAACCCUUUUGAAUAUGGGUUUUUAUCUAUAAUCAAAGAUAUUAUGUCAAAAGGUACUCACUAUAUGGGUUCCAUGUGGUUUCGUUGUUUGUGCUGUUUUGUCUUUUUGUAUUUUUUCUCUGGUUUCUCUUCUUAGCUCGUACUAAAAAAAUGGUAAGAACAAAUCCAAAAGGGGGGUUUGGUCAAAUCUUUCCCUUUUUUGCAAUUUGUGGUCAAAAACUAUCUUUUAUUUACUCUUUUAUGUUAAUACUUAUUCGUAUU